AUGGACCACAAGUUGGUUGCGUACGUGGACGCGGCAAGUGGCAAGUCGGGCGCGGCGGUCGCCUCGGUGGUCGACGGCCAAGGUGCCCCCGUAUCGGCCGCCACCAUUAGAAGCCGCAACACGGAGACGGCUGAAGAACUUGCAAUAGCGCUCGCUUGCGUUGGAACGGAAGCUCAUUUUAUAAUUAGCGAUAGCAAAACGGCCAUCUGGAAUUUUGGAAAAGGUCGGAUCUCGCCCGAAACGGCAAGGGUUCUGUCCGGUAGACGGCUGAACAGAAAAAUCAGCCUAAUUUGGACCCCAGCACACACGUCCGUUCCUGGCAACGAGGCGGCCCACGAGUUAGCCCGAGCGCUCUACUUCCGGGUGACUGUGGAGCCGCCCGACUGCCAGAACAUGGACGAGCGUCUGCAAAGUUACACCGAAAUCGUUGAAAAUUAUCGGCUACUUCGCAGAGUGGUGCCACCACCGGAUAAAAGCCUGAACAAUAGGGAGGCAGUCGCAUGGCGGCGCCUGCAAGCUGGCGAAAAACAGUACGCCUGCGACGUGUGCGGCAGGAAAUACGCGGAAAAGAAGAAUCUUGUGAUCCACAGUCGCACGCACACGGGCGAGAGGCCCUUCGAGUGUUCGUCGUGCCCGGCCACGUUCACCAGCAGCGAUAUUCUGAAGAUGCACAUGUUGACCCACACUGGGGAACGACCGCAUGAGUGCAACGAGUGCGGACGGAGAUUCGCCUCGAAAUCAAGCCUCGGGCACCACGUACCCAUUCAUUCGGGCAAGAAGGCGUUCGCCUGCCACGUCUGCGGCCAAAAAUUUUUCGAGAGAGGCACACUCCAGCGCCACGCCCGUACGCACACUGGCGAGAAGCCCUACGUGUGCCACCUCUGUCCCGCCACGUUCGCACACUUGAGCACGCUGAAAGGAUGGGUGCAGCAAGAUGUCAGUAUGAACAUGAAGGAGUACCUGAGUCUGAGAAGAUGCAUCCAGCUAUGGGCAAAGCCAAAAGACGGACCUGUGAAGAGGCCUCCAGCCCUAUUCAAGGAUCCCCCAGGAAACUCCGUGUGA